GGGGGUUAACGACACCGCUCGCGCGCAACGGAGAGUCGGCGCAAAGUUUCCUCGAUGGCGCUGGUGAUGGAGCCGGUGAGCAAAUGGAGCACGAGCCAGGUGGUGGACUGGAUGAAAGGUCUGGACGACUGCUUGCAGCAAUACGUGUGUGUGUUUGAGCGCGGAGGUGUGUGCGGGGAGAGGCUGCUGAGGAUUAGCCACGCCGAGCUGGAGGAGCUGGGAGUUUCUCGCAUCGGACACCAGGAGCUCAUUCUGGAGGCAGUGGACUUGCUCUGCGCUCUGAACUCAGGUCUGGAGACGGAGAGCGUCAGGACUUUGGCUCACAAACUGGGUGCCUCGGCCAAAAACCUGCAGAACUUUAUUUCCGGCCGCCGCCGCAGCAGCCAAUCGGAGAGCAGGAGUUCGCGGCGACUCCCCAAUGAUCUGCUGACCUCCGUGGUCGACCUCAUCACCGCCGCCAAGAGCCUGCUAGCCUGGCUGGACAGGUCUCCCUUUGCUGCAGUGGCAGACUACUCAGUAACCCGAAAUAAUGUCAUUCAGCUCUGCCUGGAGCUCACCACCAUUGUACAGCAGGACUGUACGGUGUUUGAGACAGAGAACAAAAUCCUUCAUGUGUGUAAGACUCUGUCGGAGGUGUGUGAGCACAUUGUGUGUGUGUCAUCGGAUCCGCUGGUUUCUCAGUCAGCCCACCUCGAGCUGGUUCACCUCACCAACAUCAAACCCUCUGAGGGCCUGGGAAUGUACAUCAAGUCAACCUAUGACGGCCUCCAUGUGAUCACAGGAACUACUGAAGGGUCUCCAGCUGACCGCUGUAAGAAGAUCCAUGCAGGAGAUGAAGUCAUACAAGUCAAUCACCAGACUGUGGUGGGCUGGCAGUUACGUAACCUGGUCGGCUCGCUGAGGGCUGAUAAAGGCGUCGUGUCCCUGACCCUGAAGAAGCGUCCGCAGAGCACGCUCAGCUCCGCCCCUGCUCUGCUGAAGAACAUGCGCUGGAAACCCCUGGCUCUGCAGCCAACCAGAAGCCCAGGCAGUGGUUCGGGCACACCCUCAGGCACACCCACUAAGAGCUCUGCCCUCCAGGACCUUUACAUCCCACCUCCACCUGCUGAGCCAUACACACCCAGAGAUGAGACAGGAGCCUUGUCUGGAGAUGAGGCAUCUCGUAACCACGGUGGCGUCAGCGUUGCUAAGCGCUCUGAGUCACCAAACUCCUUCCUGGAUCAAGAGUCUCACCGGCGAGAAGAGGAGGAGUCCGUGUACUGCACCACACCUACAUAUGGCAGGCUGAGGCCCAUCUCCAUGCCUGUGGAGUGUAACUGGGUGGGCGACUAUGAAGAUCCAGCCAAGCUUAACAGAGAAAGCCGCCGAGAAGCGUCACUGAUGCGUUACGUGGGACUGUCCGGCAUGGACGAGAGGACCAGCUCUGAUGACUACUCCUGCCACACGGCUCGUCCAGGCAAACGGAGCAAUGACACAGCCAAACGUGCCAAAAGGCGGAGCCACCACAGCCAAAGCCCCUCCCACUACGUCCUCCAGACAAAUCAAAGAGAUUCUCCUCCGAGAGAUUCAGCCUCCAUUUAUCAUACAUACCAACAGUCCUCCUCUCUGCAGUCAAAGAACAGGAAGAAGAAUAAAGGACGGAGUUUGGCCUCCUUGAGUCGGAGGCGUGUUUCCUGCAAGGCGCUGGGCAGAGGAGACUGCGAGGGCUGGCUGUGGAGAAAGAGAGAUGCAAAGGGUUACUUUUCUCAGAAAUGGAAGAAGUACUGGUUUGUUUUGAAGGAUAACUGCUUGUACUGGUACAUCAAUGAGGAGGAUGAGAAGGCAGAGGGUUUCGUCAGUCUUCCAGAGUUUAAGAUCGACCGGGCCAGUGAAUGUCGUAAGAAGUAUGCUUUCAAAGCGUGUCACCCCAAGGUCAAGAGUUUCUACUUCGCAGCAGAUGGAGUGGAUGACAUGAACAGAUGGCUGAGUCGUCUCAACCAGGCCGCCGUGGGCUACGCCGAGCGAGAGAGGAUACGCCAGGAGCAGGAUUACUGGAGUGAGAGUGAACAUGAGGAUGACACCACUUCCAGCCCCAAACAGGACAGUCCCCCACCUCCAUACGAUACCUACCCACGGCCUCCAUCAAUGAGUGCCUACUUGGAAGGCCGGACCACUCGACUGUCUUCCACAGAGACGUCUCGAUCACGCUCCUCUCAGGAGGACUUCCUCUGUGGCGAGCCCCCAGCGGUGGCUGCAGAGCCGCAGUACCAUCCCGGUCCUCUAGGUGGAGGCAACACACACAGUGGGAGGAAACCAGGAGGCAGCAGCAGCAGCGACGUGCAGUACAGAUGUGAUCCUGUAGAGUACCGAUCCAGUCCCGCAGGGGGCAGCAGUGAGACAGGGUCUCCAGGCCGCUCUUCCUCAUCUCAGAGACGUUCGUGGCAGGACCUUAUUGAGACACCGUUGACUGAAGCUGGACUGCACUACCUACAAACUGGGCCACUAGAGGACGCCGUCUUCGCUGAGCCCGGUCCGGGCAGUGGGACUAUGAUGGCCGGUGCAGUUUACACUCUCCCUGCACAGAGGAAUGUCCCGUUGCCCAUGGCGAUGCAGAGGCUGAUUCCUAUGGCAACACAGGGAGGGAAACCCCGCAGCUUCACACUGCCACGAGACAGCAACCUACACACACUCCUCGCGGCCCCUGCGAAAGAAGAACAGCAAACACACAACGGCGGCAGUGAGGGUGCAUCCCUGGGCGACCUGUUUCGUGCUUGUGAGCAGGGUGGGGUAUGUCCACUGGGUCGCGGGUCGGACACCAAAGGUCAGUCAGAGUGCAGGCAGUCCUUUCUCCGACGGGCCGCCGACCCUCAGCUCAAUGACCGCCUGCACCGCCUCCGCAUACUGACCUCCACACUGAAGGACAGGGAGGGGGAGCUAGCGCUGAUUGACAAGCUGUUGGCCAAUCCCCAGCUGUCGUCGGCAGAGUUCCAGGAGUGGAAAAGAGCCUAUCAGGAGCUGUUCUCUCAGGAGCCUGACUCGACCGCCGAAUCAGACCCUGGCCCGCCCCUCACCCCCUCGCUCUCUCACACACACUCCUACAUCGAGACCCACGUCUGACGAGUGAAACACACACACACACACACACACACACAUACACACACAUGUUUGAGUUGCUCCUGAAGAGUCGAACAAAACAGCAGCGGUUGUUUUGAUGCAUCAGGGUCGCGAUCAGUGACGGACUUUGUCAAGAGAGGAGAGUAGGGACAGCUCCACAUCCAGAUACGCUUUCAGCAGCCGCGGUGUACCAGUGCAACAUGACAGCUUUCUGAGGAGAUGGCCGUGUGGCCAUCAUGUCACAUCAGUCUACGAGCUGAUGGGUUAUGCCACUCCAGCUGGCUCGGGGGCGGACGAUUAACUGAAUCUUAAGUAUUACAUGUUAGCUUUUGUGCUCUAUAAAUACUUUGGACAACUUUCAUCAGUUUGCUCCCGCUGACAUGGACAGAGGCCUCAGAGUAGUUCCUUCAUUUACAGUAUUUCAUCCUGCUUGUUGUGCCAUGUUUAUACCGACUGCAUAGCCACAGAGUGACAUACAUUGUAUUCUAUCAAGCCUUAUACUUGAUAUCUAUGAUGAUAUUUUCUGUACAGUGAGUGUUACAGCAGAGAACAGUUAAGCACAAGUCUUUUUUAAAUCAAAUAGUCUCAGUUUCUAGUUUUAGAGACUUUUGUUUGUGCUGGUUUGGUAGAAUAACGUACUGUACUGUGCUAGGCUGGACCUGAAGCAUGCACACUCCAACUGGAAUAGGAACCAUUUAAAGGAAAAAUCCACCCUGAAAAUACUUAACACCAUUUUUAACACUGCUAGUGACAGUGUUUUUUCCGUUUAAGAGGCCAUGUGCUAUUUUUAUUGUUUUGUUUUUUGCACUUAACUGAUGUGAUGCCAGUUCUCUUGUCAUGCUGUCACUUCAUUUUCACUGUCAGUAUCAUUUUACCUCCAGCGAGUCUUGUCUCGCAGUAUUAUCGUUGAUACUGUUAAUUUAAUUUGACAUUUGACAUCAGCUACCUCUCAUUAAUUCAUUUCUAGGCCUAAAUAUUUCCUUUAAAUCACAUCACUUUAAUGGAAACAUGACUCAUCUUCAGUACGAUAUGAUAAUGCAUGACACUUCUUUUUUUUUUUUUUUAAUUAUUAUUGUUCACAUUUCCAUAAACAGCAUAUGUUGAAAUAAGACCUCUUAAUACCUGUGUAAAGAUACUGUCAUAUCUUUGAUUACAUUCCUCAAUCCCAUGAUAUUACAUACAGUAACCAUUUUUCCAAUUCUGCCUAAUAACAGUACUGUUAUACCCAUGUGUACAUUGUCUGUAAUGGCCAUAAAGAAAUCCAUUUUUAAAGUAAUUUCACUGAAAGAGAAGGAAAAGUCAACAGUCCUUGUUCUGUUUUGUGCUGACCAGACUAAAAAUACCUGUUUGACUUGUCUAACUCUGAAUGCAGAAGCCUUAAAUAUACUGGGGCUGUGACAAUAUGCUUAUCUCCUACUUUCAUGUAUAUUGCCAUGAGAUGUCAAAAUUCUUUUUUACAAUUUUUGUUUACUUUGUAACACUAGACUAUGGGAAAAGAGAGACUGUAUAUCAUGAACCAUAGCUCCAAAAAUGAUGCACAUCACAACAAUCAGUCUUUCUGACUUUUUCAACAGCAAUAAGCCCCAAUCAGACAGAGCAUGUUUUGCAGUGUCUUUUUUACAUUGUUGCUAUUGUUGCUAGACAGCCACCAAAUCAGCUGUCCUUAGCUUUACUGCUAAUUUGUUGCGAAAUAAACAGACCCAUACUUUAAAAUCUGAAUACAAAAACUGACACAUGGAGGACACUUAGGGACUGGACUAGAGGUCAGACUCGCCAGAGGACCCACAAUACUAUAUUAUCACAAUGCUUAGGUCAAGAUACAAUAUUAUCGUGAUACGCUGAGUAUUGUGAUACAAUAUAUUGCGAUAUAUUGCGAUUCAUUACCUAAUUUCCAACUGCAAAUCAUUUCCCCAAAGGAAAACUUUGUCAGCAUCAGUUUUCAGUCUGUUUAUCUGACUUUAAUCAUUUUUAUUGCAGCAAAAUGUGAUACAAAGCAGACAGACUAGCCAACACCUUCAUAAAACUCAAUGCAGCAUACACCUGAGAAACUGAACUGUUGGUAGAUUCAUUGCCCUUUGCAAGGCCAGAUUAAGCAUCUAAGCGAAACACUUCACAUGCAGGUUUCCGGCUAACUGAAUGGCAACAACUAUGUUAGAGGUGUUGUCUGUUACAACUACAAGAUGUUUGUCAGCAGUCCUCCAUUCUGGUUCUGCAUUUUGCAGGAGGUCUGCAGUGUUUGCUCCGGUUUGACUUUCGUGUACUGCUGUGGCACAAGUGAGCCAAUGGAACUGCAUUUGUAUCACGCCUUCCUAGUCAUCCAACCACUCAAAGCGCUUUUUACACUACAAGUCACCCAUUUACACACACAUUCAUACACUGGUGUCCGAGGCUACCAUACAAGGUGCCAUCUGCUACUCAGUUUUUAACACACUCACACACCAAUAUCAUCGGGAGCAAUUUGGGGUUCAGUAUCUUGCUCAAGGAUUCUUGGACAUGCAGACUGGAGGAGCUGGGGAUUGAACCGUUAAUCUUCCUUUGAGCCACAAAGCCUAAUGUUUGUGUGUGCGCUACUGCAUCGCCACCACAGAAGGCUAGCCUCUCAAUUGAUCUGAUCGGACAAUAGGACAAAAAGGCAGAUGAAGUUGGGAGUUCCUCUGGUCUUAGCUUAAGUUUUUUCAACUGGAGGUUUUCAGGGCGCUCCUGCAAAACGUGAGGCACUCAGCGAUGCAAAAGCAGCAAACAAACCCCUUCACUCUCAUUAAAAAACAAUAACAAAAAGUCACCCUGCUGUUAUAACUGCUCUGUCUGAUCGGGGUCUUAUACUGCAUAGAAAUGCGUAAUUUACUGAUAAUACAUCCUACCUAACUUAUCUUUUAACAAAGGGUCUGUUGAGGUAAAAUUAUCUGAAGUUUUUAACUCUAAGAAUUCUUGAACUCUCAAAUUUUAAUCUGGUGUUUGUUUGAUAUGCAUAUUUGACUGAAUUAUUUGAUUUCAAAAGGCACCCCUGGAGUGCCUUUAGGUGCACCAAAAGGCACUCCUGUUGUACACCCAUCCAGCGUUUUUUACCUUCCAAGGUACAAACUGGAGUCUUGCUUUUCUCUUCUGGACCUGUUUUUUAUUCCUUUGAUUUUUCGAGGCUUUGAUUUUUCAGGCAACCUGACUUUAUCACUUGAAAUAUGGUCACCAUGACAACUGCAAGUAUAUGAGUCAACAACAAGUGCUGAAGUUUGUGUAAUGUUGCUCUGGUCGCCAGAGAAAGGCAUCCUGAAACACGAAAAUCUAUAAUUUAAGUAAUAAGGAAAGUAAUAAAGUAGAGCUUUUAUCACAAAAUAACUUCUGAAACUUUCUGAACAUCACAGAAUGAUUAUAUUUUAUGUGAUGGUGUAAAAGUUUCUAAGGGUGGAUUUUUCCUCAGAGAGCAUUCAUCUCUCUGUGUCCUGCAUGCCACAUAGAGAGUAUGAGGAAACAUUUGCAUAGGAAUUAAAAUAUGGAUCUAAAUAAAAUAUAUUAGUUUGUUAUUUGUACGCUGCUGCCAAAUGACUUAAUACUCAGAGACACUGCACAAAACUAUGAAAGCAAUCAUAUACACAGGUAUACACAAAGACAUGCACACACGCCAAUAACACGCACAUGACACAACACAGUUUGAAUGCUCUUUCUAUGCUGCUGCCCGUGGUUGGUUGUAGUAGCAUGUCUUUGUUGUAGAGAAACACAAUAUUCCUUUUCUGUUUUUGUGUUUGAAAUCUCUAGAUACAGUAGAUCUCUCUCUUUAUAGAGUGCAAACUAAGUGUCUUGGAAAAUGUUCUCUAAUUCUAUCAGGUUUUUUUGGACAGUUAAGUAAAGAUUGUUUAAUGUUCAAUCUAUAAAUUAUGGUAAAAUAACAGUAUUUAUUUAUCAUUCUACGUGUUCUGUCGGAAGAAGAAGAGUGGAUCAAUAAAGUGUGGUCA